UCUGUGCGCGCGCUUCAGCCGGCGUUAUAAAAGCAUUCACGCAUCAGCGGAUUAAACGCACAGCCGCAUGAAACGCAGGAUAAAGAGGACCUUGUGAAGGAGAAGACCGAAGACUUGAAAACCUUUUUCCUGGCUGGCUGUCAAAUGCGACAGAUGUCUGAGAAAUGAUGUAUAAGGACAGCAUAAUUAAAGCUAUCAUGCUUAUCUUGUCUUGCCUGCUCUGGCAAGUCCAGGGGAAGCCAUUGUUUCCUGAUCAGGAGAAGGAUCCUGAAUUUUGGAACUCAUGGGCACAGCGUACAUUGAUGAAGGCUCUGAAGAAAGAGCAUAACACAAACAUUGCCAAGAAUCUUAUCCUCUUCCUGGGAGAUGGUAUGGGUGUAUCUACAGUGACAGCGGCGAGAAUCCUGAAGGGUCAGCUAAGCGGCCACUAUGGAGAGGAGGGUCAGCUGGAGAUGGACAAAUUCCCCUAUGUGGCCCUGUCUAAGACCUACAACACCAAUGCUCAGGUGGCAGACAGUGCUGGCACAGCUACGGCAUACCUGUGUGGUGUAAAGGCCAAUGAGGGCACAGUGGGUGUGAGUGCAGCAGCUGUGAAGGGCCAGUGUAACACCACACGGGGCAAUGAGGUCACCUCCAUCCUUAAAUGGGCCAAAGAUGCAGGAAAAUCUGUAGGCAUAGUAACAACAACACGAGUGAACCAUGCCACCCCGAGUGCAGCAUAUGCCCACUGUGUGGACCGUGAGUGGUAUUCGGAUGGAGAUAUGCCUGCUGAGGCAGUGCAGGAGGGCUGUAAGGACCUUGCCAGACAACUCAUUGAGAACAUUCCCAAUAUUAAUGUAAUCAUGGGUGGUGGACGAAAGUACAUGUUUCCUGAAAACAUGUCGGAUGUGGAAUACCCUGGUGAAAAGAAGCACAGUGGGACACGCAAAGAUGGCCGUAAUCUGAUCCAGGAAUGGAUUAACAGAACAAAGGACAAGAGGGGUUACUAUGUGUGGAACAAAAGGGAGCUCCUUUCAAUAAAUCCCUCUUCUGCUGACUAUCUCCUGGGGCUGUUUGAGCCAAGAGACAUGCCUUAUGACCUGGAGAGGAACAGCAGCACUGAUCCUUCCCUCACUGAGAUGGUGGAUGUGGCUAUAAAGAUCCUCAAAAAAAGCCCCAAGGGCUUCUAUUUGCUAGUAGAAGGUGGCCGCAUUGAUCAUGGACACCAUGAGGGCAAAGCAAAACAGGCCCUGCAUGAGGCUGUAGAAAUGGACCGUGCCAUUGGUCGAGCCGAUCUCCUCACCAGCAUCCAUGACACCCUGACUGUUGUUACUGCUGAUCACUCGCAUGUCUUUAACUUUGGAGGCUAUACAGUGCGUGGAAACACCAUCUUUGGACUGGCACCUAUGGUGAGUGAUGUUGACCAGAAGCCCUUCACAUCCAUUUUGUAUGGGAAUGGCCCUGGAUUCAAGUUCAUCAAUGGUUCCAGGGUCAAUGUAUCCACUGUGGAUUAUCAGGAAAACAACUAUCAAGCCCAGGCAGCUGUUCCAUUAAGCAUGGAAACUCAUGGAGGUGAAGAUGUUGCCAUUUUCUCCAAAGGGCCCAUGGCACACUUGCUUCAUGGAGUGCAAGAGCAGAACUACAUUCCCCAUGUCAUGGCAUAUGCAGCCUGCAUUGGCCAGAACAAAGAACACUGCAUCUUGGACAACAGCUCUGCUCCAUCGGUCACAAUGUUUCCUCUCACUCUCGGUCUAUUAAUUGUAGUCUUUUGGUUAAUGUGCUGAACCCUCUGCUUUUGCCAACUUACUUACAGACUUACUUAUAGACUUUAUUAUCUGAGCACCAACUGAUGGAUUAUAUAUAUAUAUUUUUUUCAAAAAAGUAUCCAUUUUGAAAGUGUCUUUGUACUAUAUUUUACACUUUGGGAUCACUGUUUAUACAUUUUGAAGAGAAUAAAAACAAAUCGCAAAGUGAUAUAAAGAUGAAUGACUGACCGAAGGCCCAAAAGGGAAAUUAAGACCAAUAACAUGAUCAUGGAAGGAUGUUCUUUUCUUUCCUCCUGUAGUACAUAACUUAGAAAUAUUGGCAUAAUACACUGUUAAACCAAAGGCACAAUUAAGCUGUUUUAAAUUUAGUUUUUAAAUGUUACUCACAAUUUCUUACAACCUACUGGAUAAUAUCUUAAUUCCAAUGUUCUAGCUGGUCUUUUCAAGCUGUAAGGCUGUAAGUACUUUUCAAUUCUAUAUAGUUUGAAUGUUAAUGAUAAUCAGCCCUGUCAAUAACUGCUGGUGAUUUUGCCACUUAUAAAUGUACCAUCACCAGCUACUUGCAGUGGGGUUUUUUUUAAUUACUUUUCCCUGUAUUUUUAUGUGACAUGCUUUUGUUUUUAUUCACUGAGAAAAGUGAUCUUUUUAAAUGGCAAGAAUCAUGUUUGUGCUAUGACAACAGCCACUGUUUACUAGUAUCUGUGUCAGUACUGUGCAUACGUUAUCUAACCAAGUGAAAUUUACACUUCAUAAAUGUGAAGUCUGUUGAUGACCUCACAUAGUUUGAUUGAUUAUUUGUCAUUAAUGAAGUACAAAGUUAAUAGACAAAUAAAAAGUGCAAUUUGUGUUAGCUUUUGUUUAGAUUAAUAGAAUUACAAUUGAAUAGAAGUUUCAGUAACAUUUUUGCAUUGUGUUUAAUAGUAUUAUAAAUACAUGUCUCAAUUAUAUUAAGAAUAAUUUACAUUGACUCAGUUUUAACAAGUUCCUCAUUUAAAAUAUUUUGUCUCUUUAGUUCUGAUAGUUAAAGUUUACUAAAUAUUUCAGUUUCACAAGAUCUCUUUAUUUUUUCCUUUGUUGUUCUUCCAGUUUGAAGUAGCUCUUCUUAGUUGCCAUUUUCCUAUUGAAGCCAGGGGCCCUGCAGCAUUCUGAAGAUAGUCAAGCCCUUCACAAUAAUGAUUGAAUAUUCAAGAAUUUGCUACAUACCGGUAUACAAGUUGACCCAUGAUUGAGCUAUAAAACUUGAAAAUAGGCCAAAUUGGUUUGAAAUCGUCAGAGAGGCUUUACUUUAAUUUUAUUAAUUUUAUAUUUUUCAUAUAUUACCCAGCUAAAUCAUGAGCUCAAGAAGAACAUUUUAUGUACUCUGAGAUGCAAAAUAUUGCAUUUUGGAUCACUCAGAAUGCACUAUUUUACAUCCAUAUUUAAAAUUUUUCCAGGGGCAUACCCCUAGAACCCCUGCCUUUUUUCGCAUCACAGUGGCUGUGUUACGCUUUGGGUCUGCCUACUACCCUUUUCCAAAAGCCCUCUACCCCCCCCCCCCCAUCCCAAAAAUUAUUGACAGGGGUGGAUAAUGCUUAGAUAUUUGUUAUUAGUAGUAUAAUUUUUUUUUUAAUCAGGACUAUGCACACAGGUAUCAGGUGGCAUGUUUGUAGAAAGUAAUCUUAGAUUUGAACUGUCAUUCUCCUUAUGACCUUAGUCGCUUCUCAUUGUCACACUAUGUUUUAUGGUCUUCAAAUUUGCAAAAAGUUAAGAACUGAGGUUCUCUUUUAAGACUUCUCACAGCUGAAGCACUGACAUUGUUACAUGUCAGAUAUUUAUUUCCUUCCAUUGCAAUUUCUACUUUCAAAUUGAAACAAUUUUUUUGUUAUGGCAACAGGAAGAUUACAUCUGAAAUCUGACUUGGUCAACCAUUGCUCAAUAAUAAUGUUCGUAUUGAUAUAAAACCAUAAUGAUUGUCAUUGUGCAUUCAAACUUUUUUCCUCAAGGCAUGCCUGUGUUUGUAGGUUUGGCUAGUCAGUGUCUAAAAUUAACUCAGCUAUGCUGGUGAAAGAAAUGGUCAGACACAUAGAAUGAAGUGUGUGCAGGUGUGCCUUGAAGAAGAGAAGUUUGGGAAUCAAACCUGUGUUCUCACAACAUGUCAAAAUCUUUGGAAAAACUACCAAUGAAAUAUUACUUUAUUGUAUUGGUUCUACUGUGCAUUUAUUUCCAUGCCAUAUAUGUUAUUACAAACAAAUAAACAUUUG